CAUUACACUUUUCCGUAAUGAGAGAACCAGCUCCAUGAACUGUUUACGUCGGAGCAUUUCACAGCGUUGUCUGCAGUUCCAAGCAUGACCACAGUAUCUAAAUCUAAAUAAAUUAGCCCACGGUUAAGUUCAUGUUACUUCGCGUUGAAUAAUGUUACAUAUUACCAAGUUUAUUGUACUUUGCUUUAUUUCUGCAUUCACGACAACUGGAUUUUUCCAACAUGGAUCCUCAUACUUCUCACAUUAUAGCCAUCACGCACAUUCAGGGGUCUGAUCCAUGUUGAAGUGGCGUCACAGAAUCUCAUCUAGGAAAAGUCGGAGCUCUCGAAAAACUACGACUUCCCGAGAAGGAAUUACUAGAUUGGUGUCCGUUCAAAUGAAUUUUUCCAACUUGGAAAUGGGAAGUUUCCGACUCCCUACUUGGCCAUGAAUGUAGCAGUUGACGUACAUAUAUUAGCUAGCCUAACCUACUGGCCAGCAAUGAUUUACACACCAACUCCGCCUUUUUAGAUAAGGACUUUUAAUAAAACCUGACCUUCAUACUGGUGGGCUGUUAGUCACAAUAUCAUGUCCGCAGGCCACGUAAAUUCACAAUUCAUCAACCUGCUUAAACAACCGGGGUUUUGUUUUCUUUUUUUUUGUUGUUGUUUUAGCGUUAGAAAAUGGACAAUAAGAGACCUUGCCCCUUGCUUUCUGUUGCCCCACGUCGUGGUAUGCUCGAUGAUGGUCUGGACGUCCACGUUCAGUAUUUGCUUCCAGGGCUUCCAGUCACCCUGCAUGCGUUGAUUCAUUCGGAGGACGACGACUUUUGGGAAGCGUUUGGCCAUUACGUCAGUGAUGCCUCGGGAGUUGUACACGUUUCUGAAGAUGCCUGCCUUGGUGGAUCAUACAGUGGUGUUGAACCCGCGGGCCUACUGUGGAGCAUGAGACCUAUUGCUGGAAGCAGGACUGGGCUCAGGUUUCGAAAGAUUGAUACUUGCACGCCAAUUGAGGUGCACAUAUCGGUGUACGAUGGCCAUCUAAAUGAAGGGUUCCAGAAAAAAUCUUCUCUGGCCUCUGUUGUUGUACAGAGAUGGUACAUGGCCUCUGGAAUCCAGAAGGUUGAUGUCAGGGAAAAAGGAUUAAAAGGGACCCUUUUCAUCCCACCAGGUCCUGGGCCUUUUCCUGCUGUCCUGGACCUCUGGGGUGGAGGAGGAGGUCUAGUGGAGUAUCGCUCUGCUCUGCUGGCAUCCAAAGGUUAUGUCUCAUUAACCUUGGAGUACAUUGGCCUUGUGAAUGCCGAUGGCAAGCCAUAUAAUGUGGGCAGUGACUAUUUUGAGGCUGCCUUCACUGUGCUGAAGCAGCACCCGAAGGUGUGUCCUGAAAGAGUGGCCAUGAUGGGUUUGUCUUUUGGUGCUUCUGUGACACUGGGUAUGGCAGCGUACUCCUCAGUGAUAAAGCCCAGAUGUGUAAUCUGUAUUAAUGGAAGCCAUAUUAUGCCUGUCAAUGGAUCGCUGUCUGAUGUCUUUGAUGCAAUCAAAAAGAAUGUGAAGAACACCCGCUAUGAUGAGGAGCAGAGAAUCAUUUGGCGGGAUUUGCUGCUGCCAGUACCAGAAGACCCUUUAAAGAAAGUUGACAUGGGAUGUAUCACAUGCCCUGUUUUAUUGAUCGUUGGUGAGGAUGAUCAAAACUGGCCAGCAAAAGAAUCUGCAGAGGAUAUAAAGAAGAUGAUGAAGCGAGCUGGGAAUAGUCAUUUGCUGACUGUACUUUCCUAUCCUGGAGCUGGCCACCUCAUUGAGCCUCCCUACAGCCCUCACGUCCGAGCCAGUAACUUCAUCCUACAAGAGACAAAAGAAAAAGUGGUGGUGCUUUGGGGUGGACAGACCAAGCCUCACUGUCUAGCGCAGGAAGAUUCCUGGCACAAAACUCUGGCUUUUCUGGAACAGCACCUCUACAGUAACACCGCUGUGGUAUCCAGGGCCAGUCUUUAAGGCCAGAUGUGCAUGGAAACUGACUCAAAACAGCUGGGAAUAUAAUUUUCUGCUUAGAUUUCUCAUGAAAUAUUUGUCAGAAAUGUUUAUCAGAUUGAAAAAAAGUUAAUUUUCUUUAAAAACAGUCACUUUAAAAAUCUGUUAAAAAAAUCUUUUAAUUAUUUUUUCAAUUUUCUAAACAGUAUGGCCAAGUGUGUCCCUGAUGUAUCAACUUGAACAGAAUCUCAAGAAGUUGAUUAAAAAAACAAAACAAAACUUUUAUUCAGAGAUUGUUUUUGACUUUGUGCAAAUAUAGAAUGGAAAAGUGUGCAGAUUGAUGAAUACACAAUUUUUAAAUAAAUGUUUUUCUUUUCUAAUG